AUGAACAAGAGUUGGAUGACAGAGAAUAAAUGGUCAGAAGAGUAUGUUAGAGGGGUUAAUGAGUUUUUGGAGUUCGCAUUUAACAACGAGGCUGUUAAUGAUACAAUUCGUUGCCCAUGUACGAGGUGUGCCAAUGGCACCUCGUGGGUACGGGGUAUGGUAUAUGCACAUUUGAUAAAUUAUGGGAUUUGUCAGGGUUACACUUGUUGGUAUGCUCAUGGAGAACAACUUGGAGCUACUUCUAGUCAGGCUACUAACACCCCUAUUCAUUGGGAGCCAAUACAUGACAGUUCUAGCGGGAUGUGUGACAUGUUGCAUGAGGUUUUUCCCACUCAUGAUCUCGAACAAGAUCCUGGUUUGAGUCAAUGCCCUAUAUCAGAAAUGGGUGAUGAAACUGAAGGUGUAUACGAAGAUCGACAAGGUGCCAGUGAGGAGACUCAAAAGUUUUAUAAUUUCCUGAAUGAUGCCAACAAGCCAUUAUAUGAAGGGUGCACUGAAUAUACUAAGUUUUCCGCUAUUGUAGACUUGUAUAAUUUAAAGUGUAUGGGUGGAUGGUCUAAUAACUCUUUUACAUGGUUGCUUGAAAUACUGAAUAAAAUGCUUCCAUCGGAUGCCUCGUUACCAAAGAAUACAUAUAAGGUUAAAAAGUACAUGAGGGAGUUAGGGCUUGGAUAUGAGAAGAUUCUGGUUUGUGUUAAUGGUUGCAUGUUGUCUUGGAAGGACAACGAGAAUGUGGAAAACUGUAAAGUGUGUGGAAAGUCAAAGUGGAACCAGAAUAAAGAUGGGGUUGAGCCAUCACAAAAAUUGAAGAGGAAACCAAAGAAGGUAUUGCGGUGGUUUCCUUUGAAAUCAAGAUUGCAAAGGCUAUUCAUGUCAUCGAAAACCGCUUUACAUAUGAAGUGGCAUGCUGAGAAGCGCAUGGAUGACGGACGAAAAUCGCCCUCUUUAAAAAUAGAUGUGUACCUAGAGCCUCUAAUAUCAGAGUUGAAGGAAUUAUGGGAUGUUGGCGAACCAACCUAUGAUGUAUCCUCUAAUCAGACAUUUACGAUGCAUGCUGCUUUGAUGUGGACGAUAAAUGAUUUUCCUGCGUAUGGUGAUGUGUCUGGGUGGAGUACAAAAGGACGUUUUGCAUGUCCAUGUUGUAUGGGUAAUACAAAGUCUGAGUGGUUAAAAUAUGGGAAUAAAUUUUGCUAUAUGGGACAUAGACGAUUCUUGCCAAUGGAUCAUAGGUGGAGAAAGGAAGCAAGGUCAUUUGAUGGUACCCAAGAAUUAGAUCAUCCGCCUCCUAUGCCAACUGGUGAUGAAAUAUGGAGACAAGUUCAGGGUAUUGACAGUGUCAUUGAGGCUAUUAGGAAAAGACCAAAUAUUGUUCAAGUGGAUUAUGAUAAGCAAUUGAUAUGGAAGAAGCAGAUUCCCAGAGCUGCAAACAAGACAUAUUUGCCGGUAGCUUGUUUUACAAUGACUAAGAAGGAGAAAAAGGACUUCUUGAAGGUUAUACAAAAUGUAAAAGUGCCUAAUGGAUAUGCUUCAAACGUUUCACGUUGUGCCAAAGUUGAAGAAUGUAGUCUUGUGGGUUUGAAAAGUCAUGAUAGUCACAUUCUAAUGCAACAACUUAUGCCAAUUGCUUUACGUGGAUCCUUAACGAAGAAGGUUGUGGAACCUUUGAUUGCGUUGUCUGGCUUCUUUAGAGAGAUUUGUUCCAAAACGCUACGAUUAGAAGAUUUGGAUCGACUUGAGUCCUGA